CCUUUCGUUCGAAUAUUGACCGUCGCUCGCGUUCACAAAAAAUACGACUGUUUUGCAGUCUACUGGAUGUGAAUUACAUGAUCAUCCCGAUUUUAACCCUUUUUUUGCGAUCCAUGAACCCAAAAUUUCGAAUGAUUUUGCCGGUUCAGUCUUGGCCAGUUCAAAAAUCAACCCACACCGUUUGGCUUGUCAGAAUUUUGCGUGAUUUCAGUAUUCGAAGUCCUCUUUCUACAUGUCCAAAGCGGUAUUGAUCCCGGAUUUUGCCCCUGAUCCCUUACGGCCAUGGCUGUGAUCCCGACUCCAAGCUUCUCAUCCCUGAUCCCACAUACCUCUUUACAAAUCUGUUAUUGAAGUAUCCCCAAUUGGCACAGCAGUGCUAAAUACUUUGACGCUUAAAUAACUUGAAGUGGUUAAUUUAUUCACUGACUCGUGACCUGACAUCUAACCGACAAUGAUCGGUAUGUUAUGUCAUAUUAUGGUUUACUGAUCCGCACAACCCUUAUCGUUAAUUAAUUCGUGUCAAAAAUGGAUCAAGAACAGCUCACGGAAAACGAAGUCGACGAAUAUUUAGCACGUAUUCAUUAUACCGGCCCCAGAGAACCAACACUCGAGGUCUUAACAGAACUUCAACGAUGUCACAUGUUGUCAGUGCCCUACGAAAACUUGAGCGUGUUUGGCAAGGAGAAAAUAGUUCUCUCCAAGGAUUGGUUGUUCGAAAAAAUCGUCCGAAGACACCGUGGCGGAUUUUGCUGUGAGCUCAACUCGCUAUAUUCCCUUCUACUCGACUAUUUUGGAUUUAGCCGCAAGCUGCAUGCCGGUGCAGUGUUCACCCGCUAUCCAGAGCGCAAAGGAAUUCUAUUUGAUCACAUGUUUUUCACGAUCAACUUUGGAGAUGACCUGUGGCUGACAGAUGUUGGGUUCGGCGACUCCUAUUUGACCCCUCUUCGAUUCAGCAACUCGCCAGAUCCUCAAGAACGGGAGAGUGGAAUUUAUCGCAUCCGAAAAGAUGGCGAAGAAUACUGGUACGAGGAGAAAGCUAAAGCAAUUGUUGACGAGUUUGAUCACAAAAAGCAAAGGGCAUCCACCCAUGACGAAUGAGAAGCCACCCCUAGAUGCAAAUUCGAUCUCAUUCCAAGAACCAGAGAGGACUUCAACGAUAUGUUAAUCUAUCAUCAAACAAACCCAGAGUCGCCAUUCACCCACGAUCGCAUUUGCACGAUAAUAGGCUAA